ACGCUGCUGUCAGAGCACUGGAGCUUUUCAGGACCGCGAUACAAGAAGUCCAAACACAGGAGACCGUCGCAAACUUAUCCUCGAACACCAAGCCGAGUCUUGUUGUUUUUGUUGUUGUUGUUCUCACCAUGAAAGCCAUCAGUCCCGUCCGCUCGGUGAGGAGCUGCUACAAGGCCGUGUGCUGCAUCUCGGAGCAGAGUCUCGCCAUCAGCCGGAAUAAACACUCGUGUCUGGAGGAGCCGGUGGGCGCCCUGUGCGACAUGAACGACUGCUACUCCAAGCUGAAGGAGCUGGUGCCGAGCAUCCCGCAGAACAAAUCCGUGAGCCAGGUGGAGAUCCUGCAACACGUCAUCGACUACAUCUUCGACCUGCAGAUCGCGCUGGAGGCGGAGGACGCGGCCGCGCCGGAGAUGGUUUUGUCAAUAAAGACUGCGGACCUUGCUCGCAAUUUCUCCAAAGAAGAAGGUCGGUUGUGCCACUAGGACGAGGAUGCCAUAUCAUGGUAUGUGCAGGGAAACACAUGUCUCCACUUCACUCCGGGCAAGAGGACAAGAGGGGCAGAAAGGGUGGGAUAGGUAUUUGGGAGAGAAGGAGAAGAAGAAGGAGGAGGAGGAGGAGGGAAGUGGAGGGUUUUAAAAAGAAGAAAAGACAGAAAAAAGUGGACUGUUUCCUAGAUGAGUGGGGAUCAACAGUGGUGCAUGAGCAAGAAAACAGAGACUCAUUCUUUGGCCCCUGGACAGACAAAUCAACACACCAAAGCAGAAGCCAGGAUUGGAAACUGAAAGCGACUGGCUGUGUAUGCCCUCCUCCAAAAAACAAAAAAAGAACCUGGGAUCCUCUAUAGGUAGACGUAGAAACAUUGGUACAUUGUUUGAUUUUUAUGUUUUUGUGUUGCAUUCCAAACCAACUUUAGCGUGGGUCAAACUCCACACACCCAACCUGAACUCUUACACCACCAAGUCUCACAUCAUCUCACACAACGAUCCCAUUAUUACCCCACUCUAAUCUGAUUUCUAAUGAUCUGGAGACUGUUACAACUUCAUACGAAUGUGUACAUAUCUGCUGUGGGUAUGUAAAGUGUGAGUCAAUUUGGAUGUUUUUUUCUGAAUGGGAGUUUGGGUUUUCGUAGGUGUAAUCAGAACUCUAUACUAGAGUUAAUUGUAAAUGUUUGUAGGGAUUGUGGUAUUUCUACAGACAAAUGUGCCGUGAGUUUCAUAAACUCUUUAUUAUAAAGUUUGCUUUGUAUGUAUGUAUGUUCUUAUGUAAUGAAAUAAAACAAAAAGACAUGAAA